AUGUGUGUCGCCGAACUCUGCGUUACAGUGCUUCCAUGCAAGCACCGCUGGUACCAUCUCGUCCGCCCAUGCACUCCUUCUAGCAACCUCUCCACAUGCGGCAAGAAGCUAGGAAUCUCAGGAUGGGAGGUCAAGUGCAACCACUGCCCCUACUGCCACGGCCACGUUUCUGAGUUUGAGUACAAGCUCAUUGGUGAUGGCCCAGCUCCUCCCGUUGGAUCCCUAUCCGGACUUGCGCGUGCACACUCUACCUCACUCAACGCAGCCCGUCGCGACAUCCGCCUCGACAACAUCACCCGCACCGACAGUGCCACCAGUGUAGGCAGCAAGAGCAGUCUCGUCACAGCCGCAUCAGAGAAGAACCGUGCCAUGAACUCGCGCCUGGAUGCCUACUUCUUCCCCUCGCCCGACUCCCCAUACCCUGCCGUCCGCGAAGACGACAACGAGAGCAACCCUGGUGGAAGCCCCAGCGACACUUCAGUCAGCGACUACUCCAGCGUCCGCCACGCCUCCAUCUCCAUGCCAGCUGGCGCAGAGACGCACAAGGCCAACAUGCUCUCACGUGUGCGCCAACGAACCAAGCGCAUCUCUGGCAUCUUCCGGUGA